GGCUCCAGUUGCCUCUGUGUGUGUCUUUGUGUGUCCUCCUCUCUCUUCACUCACUUUUCCCCAGAAUGGCAGCAAACAAAGAGGACUCCGACCUCGACGAUGUUCUUGCCAACGCGGAGGAGCUGGAGAGGGCUCUGUGUGUGCUGGCUGGAAGCGACCCAGAAAACUGCUCCUACUCCCGUGGCUAUGUGAAGAGACAGGCUGUGUUCGCCUGCAACACCUGCACUCCCAGUGCUGCAGAGCCUGCUGGGAUUUGUCUGGCCUGUGCCAAUAAGUGCCACGACGGACACGAUAUCUUUGAACUCUAUACCAAAAGAAAUUUUCGCUGUGAUUGUGGAAAUAGCAAGUUUCGGGAUUUCCAGUGUCAGUUGAUUACUGCCAAAGACGAGGAAAACGUUAAAAAUCACUACAAUCACAACUUCAAUGGCUUCUACUGCACAUGCAACCGGCCGUACCCAGACACAGAUGAUCAGGACAAUGAUGAGAUGAUUCAGUGUGUCAUCUGUGAGGACUGGUUUCAUAGUAGGCACCUGGGCUGCACAACUGUGGAACCUGAGGAGCUGCAAGAGAUGGUAUGCGAAGCCUGCAUGAACAAGGCUCCUUUCUUGUGGACGUAUGCCACUCACUUUGCAGUGCCACCUGUGAUCAGUGUCAGUCGCCCUGAGGAGGAGGUAGAGGUUGAUGUCAAGGAAGGAGGAGAAAAGGAAGAAGCCGCUGAGUCCAGUCAAAGUGGGGAUGAGGAACCGUCCACCAGUGCUGAGCACAGAGAGGAGGAGGGAGUGGCAAAUCGGAGUUCCCCUUGCAAACGGACCCACGAACAAAUGACAGGCAGCCCCGGAAAGGCCACAACCAAAACUGUGGCCUGCAGGCUGAAAGAGCUGCAGGCCAAGGGGCUGGAGAGGCCGAGACAGGGAGCAGUGUUCUGGCCUUACGGUUGGCGCGCCGAGCUUUGCACCUGCACAGACUGCAAGAGGGCCUACGUGGCUGCUAAGGUGCAGUUUCUCAUGGAUCAGUCUGACACCAUCCUGGCCUAUGAGAACAAAGGCUUGGAUGAGCCUUUCGGGCAGCACCCGCUGAUGGCACUGACGAGCUCAAUGGACCGUGUGCAGCAGCUGGAGGUCAUUUACGGUUUCAACGAGCUGGCAACUUCGAUCAGCGCAUUUUUAGACCAGUGUGUCGCUGAAGGAAAGACGGUCACAGUCGAAGCUGUACAUCAAUUCUUUGAGGAGCUGCGGGCUAGAAAGAAACGCAAAACCAAUGCAGGAUACCAGUAACAAGGAGGCCAUGCUGCUACCAUCAUAUGGCAGGUUCAUAUGGUGCUGUGAAUGAAUGAGCGUGUCGUUUGGAAGGUGACCCUUUUUUCUCUGUUGAAUAAAGGGCUUUUUGCUGUAACCAAUGUGAUCCUUAAGCUUGAACAUUUAGUGCAGAGAGUACUGAUUUCCACAUAUUGCUGUAAAAUGCUACUCCUAGAUCUCCUUACUAGGGUGAAGAUUGUGAAAUUUGGCGUUAAUUUUUGUUGUUUUUAUUGAAUAGCAGAUGCCUUAACUUUGAAGCUCAUUAUAAAAGUUUGUUACUUGAAACAUUCAUUGCUGUUGAUGCACACUGAUACAUUUUUAUGAACAAAAGAAAUUUUGUUUCAGCAUUAUGCUUUAAAAAAAAAAAAAAAGUCUGGCUGAGUGUGUGUGUGUGUGUGUGUAAGUGGUUAUGAGGGCAUUUCACACGAACAUGAUGCUGCCGUGUACAUUCUUGUGAACACGUCCGGUCAUUCUGACUGUGGCUACAUACCAGUGUGUUAACACUGAGGUUUAAGGUUAAGAGGUUCUUGUGGUGGCGACCAGUUACGACAAACUCGUUUGUUAAAGUGAUGUGAAGGAAUAUCACUGUUGUGUAUAUGUACGUGAAUUAAUGUUUGUAAUAAAGUUAUUACAUAUUUCUAGUGUGCAAACAA